UUUCAUAUAAAUGUAAGGUGGGCCUCACUGGAAGCAUAAUUUCUAGUUACAAUCUCAAAGUAUUAACUAUUGCAAACCAGAAUUAGACAGAAAAUUCGCAAGUUCUCUCUUUCAGAGCUUCGUCAGAGGCAGCCGGCGGUUACGCAUUCAGAUCGGAACUUUGGGAUACAAUGUCUAUGGUUGAUGAGCCCCUAUACCCAAUAGCUGUUCUCAUAGACGAGCUAAAAAAUGAUGACAUCCAGCUCCGGCUAAACUCAAUCCGUAGACUGUCUACAAUUGCUCGUGCUCUUGGGGAGGAGCGAACCCGGAAGGAAUUAAUUCCAUUUUUGAGUGAAAACAAUGAUGAUGAUGAUGAGGUUCUCCUUGCGAUGGCAGAGGAAUUGGGAGUUUUCAUCCCUUAUGUUGGGGGAGUUGAGCAUGCCCAUGUUUUGCUCCCACCUUUGGAAACCCUUUGCACUGUGGAGGAAACAUGUGUGAGAGAUAAAGCUGUGGAGUCCUUGUGUAGGAUUGGAUCCCAGAUGAGAGAGGGUGACUUGGUUGACUGGUUCAUUCCUCUGGUCAAGAGACUGGCUGCUGGAGAAUGGUUUACAGCUAGAGUUUCUGCAUGUGGACUAUUUCAUAUUGCCUAUCCAAGUGCCCCUGAUAUGUCAAAGACAGAAUUGCGUUCAAUAUACAGCCAGCUCUGUCAAGAUGACAUGCCUAUGGUUAGAAGGUCUGCAGCCUCAAAUCUUGGGAAAUUUGCUGCGACCGUUGAACCUGCUCAUUUGAAGAUUGACAUCAUGUCAAUAUUUGAGGAUCUAACCCAGGAUGAUCAGGAUUCUGUUCGUUUAUUGGCUGUUGAGGGUUGUGCUGCUCUUGGAAAAUUGUUGGAGCCCCAGGAUUGUGUUGCACAUAUUCUCCCUGUUAUUGUCAACUUCUCUCAGGACAAGUCUUGGCGUGUACGCUAUAUGGUUGCAAAUCAAUUAUAUGAACUUUGUGAAGCUGUGGGGCCUGAACCUACUAGGACGGACUUAGUUCCGGCAUACGUGCGCUUACUUCGUGAUAAUGAGGCUGAAGUACGUAUAGCAGCUGCUGGCAAAGUAACCAAGUUCUGCCGCAUUCUAAAUCCAGAACUUGCUAUUCAACAUAUUCUCCCCUGUGUAAAGGAACUUUCAUCAGAUUCUUCCCAGCAUGUCCGGUCUGCUUUGGCUUCAGUUAUAAUGGGGAUGGCUCCUGUCCUGGGGAAGGAUGCUACAAUUGAGCAGCUUCUUCCAAUUUUUCUUUCCCUUUUGAAGGAUGAAUUUCCUGAUGUGCGCCUCAACAUAAUCAGCAAGCUUGAUCAAGUGAAUCAGGUUAUUGGAAUUGAUCUACUGUCGCAAUCAUUAUUGCCAGCCAUUGUUGAGCUUGCAGAGGAUAGACAUUGGAGGGUCCGGCUUGCGAUCAUAGAGUACAUACCUUUGUUGGCUAGUCAGUUGGGUGUUGGGUUCUUUGAUGAUAAACUUGGGGCUCUUUGCAUGCAGUGGUUACAGGAUAAGGUUUACUCAAUUCGUGAUGCUGCUGCAAAUAAUUUAAAGCGGCUUGCUGAAGAAUUUGGUCCAGAGUGGGCAAUGCAGCACAUAAUUCCACAGGUCUUGGAGAUGAUUAACAAUCCUCACUAUUUGUACCGGAUGACUAUUUUACGUGCUGUCUCACUCCUUGCUCCUGUUAUGGGCUCAGAAAUUACAUGUUCUAAACUGCUGCCAGUGGUCAUCAAUGCAUCAAAAGACAGGGUACCCAACAUUAAGUUCAAUGUAGCAAAGGUGCUGCAAUCCCUCAUUCCUAUAGUUGAUCAGUCAGUUGUGGAGAAGACCAUCCGCCCCUGUUUGGUUGAACUGAGUGAGGAUCCAGAUGUUGAUGUCCGGUUUUUUGCCAACCAAGCACUUCAGGCAAUCGAUAAUGUCAUGAUGUCUAGCUAGACUGCUUUUAUGCACCGUGCUGAGUCUAUUAUAGUUCCCAUUUAUGACCAUCUUGCUGGAGGUGCCAUAAUUCUCUCCAUCAGAUUAGUUCCCUGCCUCUUGAUGUUUCCUUAGUGAGUGCAAUUCUCUUGUGGGUCUGUGACUAACAUGCAGCUGCCAUUUUUGGCGUUUAAUUUUGUGUGUUUUAGUGUAGUGUGUUGUAUAAACAUUUUUAUUUUCUUAUUCAAUUUCGAUUAUAAAAACCGAAAAAUGGCUUUUCUUUGA